AUGAGUGAGGUUUCUAUCAAUCCUAUGCACAAUGUAAGGGGGUCUUCAACACAGACAGACAGUGGAGUUAUCUCAGAUUCAUCUGAUAGGUUUGAUCCAUGUUCAAUGUGCCCAAAGGAGUUUGAGAAAGGAAAGACUGGAUGUGGAUCCGAAGUGAAACAGGCUUAUAACUCCAGUGCUAGCUAUGGUGGAGAUAACUGUGAUCAACAAGAAACAGAAGGAGAAUCUGCUGAGAGGAAAAGCCACAAUAUAGGACUGGAUAUCACAAAUAGUGUACCCACUCAGAGGCUUUUAAUAGUUUGCAACAAAGUUAAGUGUUGCACUGAUAUUAUAGGUGCAUCAUGGCCACAUGUAACUGUGGUGAAUUAUGUAUAUGAGUCCUCCACACUGGAAUCAAUUUCUGCGCAGGUGGCUGAAGCUUUGAAUGGAAAGCAAGUCAAAUCUGUUGCUUUUAUUCUCUAUAAUCAGCAAGAUGCAAUACAUAUUUGUGGGACCGGAGAGAUUCCGACACUCACACCAUUUUCUAUCCGUGAGCACAUAGCUGUGCAGAGAUUCUUUAACAAUAUUGUGACCAGCCACAUUGAUAUGGAAGAUUCAGAAAUCAGGAUGGACUUCCUGGGCUGUACUGCCUUGUUGACGGCAGAUUUGGAGGAAGUCAAGAGAGAACUGCAGAGUCUGACAGGUGAGAGGCUAGCAACAAAUAUCUAUUACAAGGCCACAGACUCCUGCAGCUAUCUCGACUACACCUCCUCCCACUUUGUUUCCUACAGGGACUUCAUUCCAUCCUCCAUCUCGCUGUCCAAAAAACCUUCAGCUUAUUGUUUGUCUCCUUCUGGCAAUCAAGUUGAAGUGGGCACUGUUAUUAAUGGGAAAAAGAAGCCAGGUGCUUGUUAUGGUGUUCCUGUUGGCAUGGCAAGAACCCUACUGGGCAACAAGCUAGUGGCAGGUCCAAACCAGGCACCGGAAAGUAUAAAGAUGCACAUCCUGGAUCUCUACUGUGAAAGUGAUAAACUGAAACGCCCACAUCCCCAAACACUGGCAGAGUUUGAAAAGAUACAUAUAGUGGGAAAAGGAGCCUCUGGGACAGCAGUUCUGUAUCGGAAGAAGGACGAUGACUCCCUGGUCAUUCUUAAAGAGAUCAAUAUGCAUGAGCUGAACCACAUUGAAAGACAGAGAGCAUUGAAUGAGGUGAAGGUGCUUUCCAUGUUGGACCACCCCAAUAUCAUUAAUUACUAUGACAGCUUUGAAGAGGAUGGUGUACUGAUGAUUGAGAUGGAAUACGCAGAAGGAGGAACGUUGGCUCAGUACUUGGCACAGCAGGUACUUUACGAUCGAGAGUUGGAAGAGCUAGAAAUCCUGAACCUCUUCCACCAGAUGGUGGCUGCGACCUGUUACCUACACGAACACAGCGUGUUGCACCGAGAUCUAAAGACGGCCAACCUUUUCCUCACUAAAGAAGGCGAAGUGAAGCUUGGUGAUUUUGGGGUGGCCAAAGUGAUGAUGACAGGAAGUGAGGCACACACCAUCUUGGGUACUCCCUAUUACAUCUCACCCGAGAUCUGUGAGGGAAAAUGCUACAACGAUAAAUCUGACAUCUGGUCGCUUGGUUGUAUUCUUUAUGAGAUGGCUUGCCGUCAGCGCACUUUUGAAGGAACUAAUCUACCUGCAGUUGUAAAUAAGAUCAUGAAGGGGAAGUUUGCUCCCAUCACCGAUAACUACAGCGCUGAGUUUAAAGGCCUUGUGAUGGAUAUGCUGCAAAAGGAGCCUCAGUACCGGCCUUCUGCUCAUGAGCUGCUCUAUGUUCGUCUCCCUGAAAUGAUGACAAAACAUGAAGAAACUCCAGUCCAGAAGGAAGGGCCAGGGACAGGCCUUCAAUGUGGCCUGAGUAACAAGAGAAAUGGACGCACAGCCCUUUAUUAUUUCUGCAUGUCUGAUCUGGAGCUUUGCCCUGUUGAAGGACUGCCUGCAAAGAUUAAAAUUAGGCAGGUCGCUAUAUCUGACAAUCACAUGAUAGCAGUCACUGCAGAGAGAGCAGUGUACACAUGGGGAAACAAUCUGAAAGGCCAGCUUGGUCAUGGAGACCUGCAAUCACGUUCACGACCCCAGCUGGUGGAAGCCCUCAAAGGAAAGUUUAUUGCCAGGGCCUGUGGUGGAGACGGAUUCAGUGCGUUUGUCAGUGACAAUGGAAUUGUAAUGACCUCUGGAGACGGAGCCCAAGGCUGCCUGGGGCACGGGGACCUCUUCAGCACCUCCAGACCUUGUUUGAUUGAAGCCCUACUCGGUGUAAACGUCCAGACCAUUGCCUGUGGUCGGCACCAUGUGGUGUGUGUCAGCGGUGAUGGCGAGGUGUUUUCAUGGGGCAGUGGAAAAUUUGGAAAACUGGGGCUUGGGAACGACGAUAGUAGCUGCUUGCCAAUGAAAGUAACUUUCGAGGAGCAGAUCUUUGUGAAAGAUGUAAAGUGUGGCUUGGAUGGAACCAUGUUCUUAACAGAUACUGGCAGCCCGCUGGCAUGUGGUAAUAACCAAUACAAUAAACUUGGCUUGAAUGAAAGACGAGGCCUUCUCAUGCAGAUGACAAUGCUGUUUGCAAGAACCGAUGUUGAAGACAGAAAGGUUCCCACAGUGGUGAAGGCAUUGAGAAACCAGCGUGUGAGGGAUGCUGUGCUGGGUCCCUCACACACCAUUGUACUGGUAGAACCUGGAAAAGUAUAUACCUUUGGGAGGAACACAGAAGGACAGCUUGGCACAGGCAACACCAAACCCUAUAAAGUGCCAAUGCAUGUAAAGCAACUGCAGCAUAAAGCUAUAACUAUGAUCAGCUGUGGAGAGACAUUCAGCGUUGCCGGGACAGACGAUAAUAAUAUCUUCUUCUGGGGCACCAAGUCCAAGUCAGUGCCC